AUGGCCUUCGCAUAUGACUACAUAAUAAUAGGCGGCGGCCUAGCAGGAACCGUCGUGGCCUCAAAACUCCACUCCAAACUCCCCUCAUCUUCAAUCCUCCUCUUAGAAGCAGGCGAAGACCGCUUCGGACACAUCCACACAACAGAACCAUUAAAAGCACCACAGGCUCAUAAGACAGAACUAGACUGGAACCUAUCCACAGUCCCACAAUCACACUUCGGAAACAGGACCUGCUACCAAGCAGCGGGGAAAGCACUGGGCGGCUCAACAGCAAUAAACCAUGGAACUUGGACCCGCGGCCCCAAAGUCGACUACGACCGUUGGGCUACGUUAGUUGGCGAUGCAAGGUGGAGCUAUAACCAACUUCAACCAUAUUUUCCGAAGACGGCGAGUAGGAGUGCGGAGGAGGAUGUUUCGAGGCUUUCGGCCAAGCCAUUUGUGCUUUAUACUGCUACACCUACACAAUCGCAUUCGCUUAGACGGUAUCCGUUGAGUGAGCCGGUGAAAGAGGCGUGGAUGGAAUCUGGCGUUAGAUUUGUGGAUGAUGUUAAUGGGGGCUUUCCGGUUGGAUUAUCGGAAAGAGUUGAGUCCUGGAACCAGGGGCGCAGACAACAUGUGCAUCGUGCUUUUCCGCUGGACGGGGUUCAGGUUCUUACUAAGUCGCAGGUUGCGAGGAUUGUUGUGACAGAUGUGGAUGGGAGUUUGGUUGCGACUGGAGUUGAACUUGUUGGUGGAGCGAGGUUCUCGGCCAAAAAGGAGGUUAUUCUUUCUGCGGGGGCUUAUAAUAGCCCGAAGAUUCUUUUGUUAUCUGGGAUCGGGCCGAGGGAGAUGUUGAGGAAUGCCGGUAUUCGUCAGAGUGUUGAGUCGCCGUAUGUGGGAAGAAAUUUCCAUGAUCAUGUUUCGGUGCCGAUUGUGUGGCAAUUGAAAAAGGCCGAUCUGAAUAGUUCUUUCGAGGACUUGAUGAAGGAUCCGGUGAUGAAACUUGGGUGGCCGAGCGAUUGGACGGUCUUUUCGGGGCUGGAGAGGAGUCUGGUAAAGGGUUCUAUCGAGAAGGAUGGUGGACAUCUUAAUAAUCCCUCCAGCCAGCUUCUUCUGAAUCCACAUUGUGUUUUCACGGAGACAACCAACUUUUACAUACCAGUUGGUACGGCUCUUGCCGGGAUGGAUACGCCUAUGGAUGGGUCGUGUAUCUCCUCGACCGUGUUAGGUGUUUCUCCCACGUCCAGAGGUGAAAUCACUAUCUCUUCAGCUGAUCCUCUUGCUCCGCCGGUCAUCGACCCGAAUUACUAUGCCACUGAGCUUGACCGUGUGGCUAUUCGCUCUGCGGUCCGGAAGGCAUUCAAGGUGUAUCAGGGAUCCGACGCACUGAAGCAUAUCAUCGAAUGCGAGGUUCCGCCGCCGGGCUACGAGCACUUGACGGCUACUUCUACGGACGAGGAGAUUGACGAUAGAGUUAGGCGCGUGGGGAUCACUUCUUUUCAUCCUGCUGGGAGUUGCUCUAUGGGGAGGGUUGUUGAUCGGGAAUUGAGGGUUAACGGAGUGGAGGGAUUAAGAGUCGUGGAUGCCAGUGUUAUUCCUUUACCUCUUGCGGCGCAUCUGCAGGUUGCUGUUUAUGCGUUAGGAGCGAAGGCUGUGGAUUUCAUUGUUGCUAGGCACAACCAGGGUAUUUGA